AGGAAUAGGCUUCAAAAAAACUGCUGCAGCAGGCUGAGUGAGGCUGUGUGUAGACCUGUAGGUGUUAUCCCUGCAUGGCUGCGUUUCGGUGCUGGUUUAGAUAGACAUUGUUGCUCUUGGCAGGAUGACGACAGAACUCCGUGUAAAACUUACGCAUGUUUUUGACAAAGGAGGGACUUGUUAAUGUUGCCAUCACUGCCGAACUUGGAAGGUCGAGUUCAUUUGACCCAUUUCACACCUCAGAAGCUUUGCUCCAGUGGGAUUUUCUGGUCCACUUCCUGACUCCUCAUCCAGCUCCAACUGGUCAUAACUCAUGACCUGGCAUCCCUUUAUCAAGUGGUUUCGGUGAUAUGGGAGAGUGGUGGACAACUGAGACGUCGAUGGAAAACUAUGAAAUCUCCAGCAUAUCACAUGCAGUGAUGUCCCCCCCGAGACAAAACAACCUUGUGUCGGUGUACUCUCUACCCUUGUCUAAAAGCUCCUACAGUGUGAUAAGUGCCUUUUGCACUGAAGAGAAUGUUCCUCAGUGCAUUUCAUACAUCAAUCAGGAGCUAGCCUCACUAGGCCUCCCUACAUGUAUCGAGGCCAGCUCACCAGGGGGAGCCAGCCUAAAAGCAGUGCCAGCUCUAAAUGCGAUGUAUGAAGUCCUACGGAUUCACAGGCGGGAUAUGUCCAAUUUAGAGGAGCUGGAGAAAGAUCAGUUGAAGAAAUCUAGUACUUUGGAGCAUAUGCAGAUGAGCAAUUCUAGACUCAAGGACCAGUUGGAACUUUCCCUGAGGGAGAAGUCCGGUCUCCACGAGACCGAGAGGCAGCUUCAACUCAAAAUUAAGACUUUGCAGAGCUGCUUAAAAACGGAAAAAGAUGAGGUUCAGAAGCUCCAGAGUGUCAUUGCCAGCCGUGCCUCUCAAUACAGUCAUGAUGCCAAAAGAAAAGAGAGGGAAGCUGCAAAGCUAAAGGAGCGCCUCAGCCAGCUGCUAGUUGACCGGAAGGACAAAAAACUAGCUAUCGAUGUUUUGAAUAGCUUGGGGAGAUCGGAUGGAAAAAGGAGCCAGUGGAAAACUGCAAAAGCAGCAGCCAGUCAUGAGGGCGAAAUGUACAAGUCCUUGCUGAGCGACUAUGAGGCGAGUCAGAGGGCCCUGAUGCUGGAAAAUGUGGAGCUCAAGAAAGUCCUCCAGCAGAUGAAGAAGGAAAUGAUGCAUAUCCUGAGUCCAUGUAAAUCAUCCCACAGAGGAGCCAUGGCUGAUGACAGCCAGGAGCAGGGUGACUCGGAUGGGGAGGAGAAGACUGGGGAAUCCAGCAGGGACUCUCUGGACCAGUCCUGUGAGCAAGCCAGGGAGCAGCUUACCAACAGCAUCCGCCAGCAGUGGAGGAGGCUGAGGAACCAUGUGGAGAAACUGGAUAGUCAAGCCUCUCAGAUGGAGUCCAGCAAAGAGGUGAUACCCUUGGAAACGUAUGAAGACGAAAUGGAGAGGAUGAGACGUGAAGUCCAGCAGUGCAAAGAGUUCAUUCAUGCGCAACAACUCCUCCUCCAGCAACAACUCAACACGUCAUUUGAUGAGGAGACAGCAGCUCUUCUAAAUGACUGCUACACACUGGAGGAGAAAGAGCGCCUCAAAGAGGAAUGGAGGCUUUUUGAGGAGCAGAAGAAAAACUUUGAGAGGGAGAGAAAGAACUUCACAGAGGCUGCUAUUCGACUGGGGCGAGAGAAAAUGGCAUUUGUGGAGGACCGUUCUGCUUGGCUGAAGAAUCACUUUUUGAGUAUGACUCCCUUUACAGAUCGAAGAUGUUCCUCAUCAGAUGGUCAAAGUGCCUUAUCAAUCAGAAGUGAGCCAGAAGUCAGGAUGUCUUCUGGAAAAGCUCAGGUGGCCAAAUCAUCAACGUACAACACAUUCUCCACUCCCAAACAUUCACAAAGUGCUGCUAUGCCAUCUACAACUGACCUUUACAGAACACUCCGCCUAAUUCCAGACAGCAGUUCCUCCAGACUUUCAAAUCGAGGAUGCUGGCAAGAGUCGAGCACCAUGGAAGAUGGGGUUUCUCGGGUUGCACCAAAAAGCAGAGCUCGCUGUGGUGACUUGAGUAUAUUCUCAUUUGGGGAAGAUGAGAACAGCCUUACCUGAAAAGCAUCCGGUGCCUACUCUGUGUACUUUUCCUUCCUCGAGCGACCCCUGGCUCCAUCUGCGUGAAUGAACCCUUUUUGCCAUGGACCUACACGGAUCAUAUAGUGAAACUGAUCAAACUAGAAAAGCACUUUAACAAGUCUGCUGUUGUUGUUGUCCUCACAAAGCAAUUAGUGCUGAUAAUACAGAUUUUAAGCUUUAUAUGUAUACGAAGCAUUGAUUUUUGAACAUGUUGUUAAGAGAGAUUCACUUUGUACAUAUUGAUCAGAUUUAAACAUUGUUUACACCUUUUAGUAAUGUAAAUAAUAGUUUUUAAGUAUAUAUUGAAGCCUCAUGCACAAUAAAGCUUUUUUUAAAUUGUUUUCA